UAAAGUUACUUAUAUACCAUCCAAGUUUAGAUGACGUUGAAAGACAUGUUUCUAAUUGUUUUCAACAAUAUUAUGCGCUUAUGAAAUUACCAUCUAGAGAUAAAUUUUAUACGAUGCCGAUAGAAAAGCAAGAAGAAUAUGUAGGAUUACUGAAAUCGAUAUUUGAAAAUAUGUUUCCAGACUAUUUUUUUGAAAUGAAGCCUUAUGGAUGUCGAUUUAGCUCGAUUGUAUGAUAGAGAAGGUGAUGCAGCUUUUAUCGAUCAACAGGAGCCUCAUAGUUUUAUUACUAUGAAAUCUUAUUUGGAAUCCUUGAAGGCGACCAAAGUUGAAUAUAACAAUAGUACAAAUUCAGUUCGUUUCAAAUGGAAUGGUGUUCGUAUUGAAUACAAUUUCAAUAAAGAAAUUAAUACCCGUUCUUAUGACAUGAUUGCCGAAUACUUUAAAUUAGAUGAUCGUGUAUUGCCAUUUAUUCAAACUUUGAAGCUCUUUUUUCGAGCAAAUCUAAGGAAUCACGGUAUACGCUUUUACGCCUUUCAGAUAAUGGCGCUUUCCUAUUUAAUUUCACUAGAUCCACCUGUCCUGCCUAAUUUACAAAACCUCUUUCAACAUGACCCAACUGACACCUGUCGAUCAGCUGAAUGUAAUACCAAGUUUUGUUUCUGGGAUACGGCUAUUUAUAAUAAUAAACGUGUUGGUGUUGCUGCACGUUUUCAUGAUUGUGUCGUCUUGGAUAGAUCACAACCUAAAACACAAUAUCAAGUAGAAUUUAACGAGACUACUCAGCACUAUUAUUGGAAUUCUGCUAAUACUUCAGCAUUGGACCAACUAUUGAUGGACUUUAUGUGCUUUUGGGGUUAUCAUUUUGAUUAUUCAAAACUUGCCAUUUCACUCAAGAUGGGCGGUUUUACAACAAUUAAGCAAGAGUUUGAAGACGACAGGAUAAUUAUUGAGGACCCUUUCAUGAGUGGUGUCAAUCUUGCGAGGGAUAUAGUAGCCAUGUCAUCAUUUGUAGAAGCAUUACAGAGCGCGUUCCUUAUGCUAUAUCAAUCAAUACCUAUCGAAAAAGUUAUAAAGAAUUUGGACCUUAACAUACAAAGUCAAAGUCCGCCAAUAAGCUACUCUUGUUUACUUCAUCAGCCCAGCUAUGCAAACAACAUUAAAACUCUUCUCUUCUUGAACCUUCCUGAGUUGGCUGAAGAUGAAAGAGAAAGUCAUUGCUAUUGAACUCAUCUGACGAAAGUGUUAAUAUACCUUCUUGUAUCACUAUACGGAAUGAAUCAGUAUAUGUUGUUGAG